AUGUUAAUAAAUCCACAGACAUUGACAGUAAAGAUAUCAGAAUCAUAUCGAAUUCAAGAAGAACUAAGUGCUAAAAGUAAAGGAUCGGUUGGUGAUUAUAUGAAAGACUUUCCAUGUCUAAAAAAGUCAUCUGGGUAUACUAUUUUGCUUAAAGACUUCUGUUACAUUUAUCCGCAAAAUACAGAAUGUCUUUAUGAAAAUUUUCCAAUUUACAAAACUAAAAUAUUAGUGUUAGUAGCUAAAACUGUAUCAACUACUUUACGAGAUACCACACUCAAGCAUAUUAUUAAAGAGUCCUUGGAUUUAGCCACAGAAAGUGAAGAAACAUCUUCAUUGGCAGCAUUAUUGGUAUUACCAUUUUUGUUUUCUCCAGUUAGUUCAAAAAGAAAAAAAUGCAAUACAGUUUGUUGGAGGCCAUCGAUCGAAAUGCGUGAUGGCUUUAUUCUUCAUAUUCGUUCCCAUGCUGAGUUACAAGAAGCAAUAAGUAGACGGAAAGAGAAAUAUGUCAAACUCGGUCUUACAUUACAACCUAUGGUAAUUGUAGUGGGUCCUAAAAUUAAUGAAAUUAAUUUAAUUUCAAAAUUGAAAUUAAAGUCAAUACUUUGUAAUGUAGAUGAUACUUUUUAUGAGUUACACUCUAUAGUAUCUGCUGUAGAUUGUUGUUUUAAAGUAAUACAUGCUCUAAACGCAGAAUAUCCAACUGAAUGUUUACCGAUAUGGACUUUUAUUCAGAAAGCUUUUUAUAAAAUCAAAACUAAUUAUGACACAGAAUAUGUAACUGUAAAUUCUUUGAUAAGCGAUCUAGGAAUACAUGAAUAA